AUGUCAUCGCUUGCUUGUAUUGCGUGCAAAAUCGGUCGGCAAACCGAUUUACAAAUCACCGUUGCAUCAAAUGCGAGAUGUUUCAGGAACAUGUUCGCUGCGGAAUAUAUUCAGGCAUCGAAUGUCGUCCAGAUCAAUUGCAUCAGCAUCAGCCGAAGAGAUGCGGAAAGAGGUCUACUUGCUUCCUCGCAGAAUCGGGACUCAAAAAUCCUUGUCAUGAAAUCGCUUCAUUUUUCAAGGUGGAUGGCGUUGGCAGCUUGCAGUCAGAAUUGGGUCGUAUGUAUCUGAUGGAUAUGUGCAUCGACACUAGGAAGCAUUACUAGGCUGUAGCGUGUGCGUGUGGUUUGGCGCUUUGACAAUCUCUCCAUCCUCUUGCUGUCUACACACCAGAGCAUUCUGGACCCACGGGUCGGCCAAGAUGUCGUCCAUCGUAGCACGCUUGUUAGGAUCCAGCUCAAGCAUGCUACCAAUGAUGUGUCUCGUCUCACGUGGCAGCAACCUGAGAAGU